AUGUCGGUCUUUCAAAAUGAAGACCUGGUUGCGUACCAGCUUCGUUGCGGCUACCUGACGGAGAUUGCUGAUGGAGUCGGCGAACGACUGAUCACGCUGAAUGACAGCUUCAUGAAGUCGUCCGACUUUAAAGCUGUAGGCUGGCAGGCAAAUCCCGACUUGAGCAAACGAUGCUACUCCCCCCCGAUCCCAACGGCCAUCGCGUCGGAAUACUUCCAGGCCCCCCGCCGCACUGGCGUGACUCUCGAGGACGAACCCGACGAAGCUGGAAUCCUGACAGGCGGAGGCACCGAUACAUUUGGCCCUGGCUUGGCCACCAGGCGGAGGCGGCGGCGCGAGACCCUCGAAGACGACGACAGCAGCGACCUCUCCGACGAAAGCGACGACGACGAGGCCACCCAACGAGCGGCGCAACAGAUCCGGUUCGCCAAGAUGCCAGUCAGGGCCAGAGCUGGCUCUAGUCCGAACCAAACCUCCACCAUGCGCCAAGCAGCCGCAGUCACGUCCUCUCCGCGCGCAGCCCCCGGCGCCCGUCGGGGAUCGCAGUCCGCCCUGGAGGUCGUCAAGGAGAGAGCACGCCGGGAUACUGUCACCAGCAGCGAGAUAUCGUCCGACACGGAGUUUGACGCCUCGGCGUUCCACAAGCAUAGAGAAGCAGCCAAGGCGGCCACAAAGGCCGUCAGGAUACAGGCCCGAAUCAACGAGGAGCCUGUCGAGGGUAUCAGGCGGGCCAGCACGGACCUGCUCCCCGAGGAGGAGGAAGACGACUCGGACGCCUCCGACCUGUCAGGCGCUUUCCUGGAGAGUAUCGACUCGGCUGGUAUCCUCGAUACGGUUGAACACCCGAAUCAGGCCUCGCCAGACCGGCAAGUCGUCGGGACACCGCCGCGCCAAUUUACUCGAACGUCCACCAUUCGCAGGUCACAGGCCCCCCCACGGGUUCUCCAGGCGCUUCCGCCUCCCCGCCCCAUGAGUAUGAUUCGACCCAUCAGCAUGAUUCAACCGAAAGGGAUGCUCUCUGCGGCUCUCAAGGCUCGUAAGACGAAGCCGACAGUCCCAUUCGAGAGGUUCGCUAGCCUCUCCGGACAAGGAGAGAAUGCCCCGAUUGCGGUGCAGAUCUACCCAGCAUAUUCGAACAAUCCAAUGAAGCCAUUCGAGGUUCUCAUCCGUCGCAUGGUCCACCACGGCGAAGGAGGCGAUCGACCAGUCACAGUGGCCGACCUCAUCGGGCUCAGCCUCUGGAAGUACAAUGAUGAAAAGAGAGAACCAGCCAUUCCAAGUGAUAAGACCAACAUCAACUGGUGGACCUUGAGAAUGGUCGAAGAGGAUGGCGAAGUAGAUGAUGACUUUCCCCCUUUCGACAGGACCAAGGCCCUGGCGUCCUUCACCACGGCCAAUAACAGGGCAGCCGGCCGGAUGAGGGCCAACUCCAAGACCCACGAUAACUUUGGCCUGGUCGAGGCUUCGCAAGAAGAGUUUGAAGAGAACCAACUCGCCACACCCCAGGAGGAGGAGGAGGAGGCGCCGGCCGAGGAGGCCGCCGAAGAGGACACGACGCCGCGCAACACUCCGCAGCCCACACAGACAUUUCUGCCACCGCCCAUGGAACCUCGGCCGAACCCCGUCACGAACACGACGUAUCGUCAGCAGCAGCCCACGGUAUUCAUGGACCAGCCGACCGCUGCACCAGCACCAACGCCGAGCGCGACGCGAGGCCAGCAAAAGCUGCUACGCGUCCACCUACACUCUACCGACAUUGCUCCUGGUCAGUUGGUCACGCUUGACGUGACGACAGACACGUACAUGGCCGAAGUUCUAGACCAGGUCUGUCGUAAACGGCAGCUGGAUAAGGCCAACCACGUUUUGAAGAUGCCUGGCGGCGGCCCUGUCGUGCUGCUCGACGCCAAAGUCAGCACAAUCGGCAGUCUUUCCGACCUGGAGCUGCACCGGCGACGAUUCGCAACGGAUGGCCCGCUAACGAUGACGGGCUCGCCAAGCAGUGCUUCGCCGAAGCUACUGCCAUUCUCAGAUGGGCCACCGGGGCGCAGGGCCAAACGGACACACAUUAUGGGCUCCCACCCGUUGGCGCAGCAGGCCCUCAAGCAGGCGGAGCUCACGGGAUCCUGCAAGUCAUGGACCGUCUGGCGACUGCGGACAGUCAGGAUGAUGAGCCAGAGCGAGCGUCGGCUUGAGAUUGACGGCGAAUACGUCCACAUCAAACCAACAUCUGCACGUGAAGGCAAGACGACGACGGCACACAUGACCCAGAUUAUCGGAUGCAAAGUGUUUGCGAAGCAUCCAAACCAGUUCAAGCUCAUCAUCUACAAAGAUACGGAACCCAAGCGCUACGAUUUCGAGGCAAAGAACCCAACGGAGGCUAACGAUAUGGUGACGGAACUUAAGAAGAUGGUCGCCCAGGUCACCGGCUGA